AUGUCUAUAAGAAGAGCCACACAUGCAGGAUCAUGGUAUUCAAAUCAUUCGUUAGAAUUAUCUCAACAAUUAGAAUCAUGUCUAUCAAAAGCUGAUACCAUGAAAGCUCCAAUAGAUAAGGCAAGAAUUAUUGUAUCUCCACAUGCAGGUUACAGAUAUUGUGGACCUACUAUGGCAUAUUCAUAUGCUUCGUUAAAUUUAACACAAAAUGUAAAAAGAAUCUUUAUAUUAGGGCCAUCUCAUCAUUUAUAUUUCCGUAAUGAAAUAUUACUAUCAAAAUUUAAUCAAUUAGAAACACCAUUAGGGAAUUUAACCAUAGAUAAUGAAUUAAAUGAAAAAUUAAUUAAAGAUGGUAAAAAGCAUUCUAAUAUAUUUAAUUAUAUGGAUAAAGAUACUGAUUUAGAUGAGCACUCAUUGGAAAUGCAAUAUCCAAUGUUAUUACAAACGUUGAAUUGGAGAAAAAUUUCACCAGAUAAAGUGAAAAUAAUACCAAUGCUUGUAUCUCAUAAUACUAAAGAUGUUGAUAUGUCAUUAGGUAAAAUUUUAUUACCAUAUUUAAAAGAUGAAAAAAAUUUAUUUAUUAUAAGUAGUGAUUUUUGUCAUUGGGGGAGAAGGUUUCAAUUUACAGGAUAUGUCAGUGAUGAAAAAGAAUUAGAAGAAGCCAUCGAAGAAGAAACUGAAAUUGAAAUGUUAACUUCUAGAUCUAAAUUACCACAUCAUAAAGUACCAAUAUGGCAAUCAAUUGAAAUUCUUGACAAACAUGCAAUGAAAGUUUUAACAGAAAGUGCAAAUAUUGAAAAAUAUUCCAAUUGGAAGAAAUAUUUAGAAAUUUCUGGAAAUACAGUUUGUGGUGCUAAUCCAUGUAGUGUUAUAUUAGCUAUCAUUGCAUUAUUGAAAGAUGAAAGAUUAAUUAAAUUCGAAUGGCCUAAAUAUUCCCAAAGUUCAAAAGUUACAAACGUAGAUGAUAGUAGUGUUAGUUAUGCAUCUGGAUUUGCCAAGAUACCAUAA